AUGUCGGGCAGACGCGUUGCCGGGCCCGUGCUGCCAGAGAGCGGGUUUUUGAACGGAUGGGCGGUUUUCGCGUCAGAUUUCGCGGCGUGCGGCUCAGUAAUAGCACUCGGCGGACCCUUUGAAGUGUUGCGGGGACCAGCCGAGGCCGUCUUGUCUGCGAUCGCCUUUUCUAGCGGGGCCAGCCCGGUGCCGGACGACAACAGCCGACGUUUCAUGGAGAUGCUCACCGCCCACCAGCGGGACAUCUACUGCUACGUCAACAUGCUCCUGGCCGGCAGCUCGGCCACCCCGGACGUGGUGCAGGACACGAACAUCGACCUAUGGUCCAACAUGGACCUGUUUGACUUCGAGCGGCCCUUCCUGCCCUGGGCGAUGAAGUUUGCCUACAACCGGGUGCUGGCCCACCGCAAGGCGCGGGGGCGGUCGCGGCUGGUGUUCAGCGACGAGUUCGUCCAGGCGUUGAGCGACGACUGCAACGCCGAUCCGGUCGGUGCGGACGAGCGUCUCGGCGCCCUCCGCAACUGCCUGCAGCGGCUCCCCGACGACCACCGCAAGCUGGUCACCGAGCGCUACCAGGGCGCGUUGUCGGUCAACACGCUGGCGGCCCGCCUUGGCCUGACCCCCAACUCGGUGUCGGCGCAGCUCUACCGCAUCCGGCGGUCGCUGGCCAAGUGCAUUGAGGCGCGGCUGCCCGGGCUCAGGAAGCUCCUGGACAUCGCACUGAGCGGCGCUCAGACCGACAACGAAGCGCUCGAGCUGCGCGAGCUGCUCGACCAGAGGCCGGACCUCCGUCCGGCGGUCGCCGAGCAGCUGCGGGUGCACAGCCUGCUGCAGUGGGAGAUGGCCCGGCCCUCGAGCGACGACGCAGGCAGCCUGUGCGGGCCGGCCGCGGUGGCCGAGCCGGCGCCGCGGGCCGACGUCUCACGCCGCGCCUGGGGGGUGUGGAUCGUCACGCUCGCGGCCGCCCUAGGCGGCGUGAUGCUGUGGUCGGCCUUGCCCCGCGGCGGGGCGGCAACCGCGUCGAUCGGACAGAUCACGCCGGGCGCCGACCUGCGGCUGGCGACCAACACCUCCGCCGUGGUCGACGCCGACGGGCUGGUCCCGGGCGUGCUCGGCAUCGACGCCGGGUCGCUGGCGAUCAAGUUCGCCUCAGGCGUGGAGAUGGACAUUACCGGCCCGGCGGAGUGCGAGGUGCUCUCCGGCAUGCGGGUGCGGCUGACGCACGGCCAGGCGACCGCGCAGGUGCCGCGGUGGGCCCGGGGGUUCACCAUCGAGACGCCGGACGUCGGCGUUGUGGACCUGGGGACCCGAUUCGGCGUGGCCCGCGAGCCUAACGGCAAGACCGAUGUCGUCGUGUUCGAGGGCGAGGUCGACCUCAAGUCCCUUCCGAGCAACACCGCCAAGCCGUUCGAGCGGCGGCUGGUGCAGGGCGAGGCGGCGCGCAUCGACCGCGACGGCGCCAUGGAACGCGUGUUCCAGGUGCACGGCGACUGGACCGGCAACGGCUGGUCGACCAGCCGGCCCGCGGGGCACGAAACGCUGAUCUCGGCCGUGUGGGACAACCUCUGGGCGAGCAAGAGCGUCAGCUACUACCAGGUGCUCCCCGGCGGACUGGUCGAGGACGCCCCGGCCUACGUCGACCACCCGCACGAGUGGAACGGAAUCGACGAGAGCGGCCUGCCCGACUUCCUGCGCGGCGCCGAGUACGUGCGCACCGUCAACGACUUCCGCUACCUGGGCGAGCUCGCGAUCCAGCUAGAGAUCGCCCAAGACGCCAACCUGUAUGUGCUGUUCGACCAGCGGGUCGCGGCGCCGGCCUGGCUGAAGGCGGCGUUCGAGGACACCGGCGAGCAGGUCGGCCUGGACGAGGACGCCUGGCACGGCAACCCGGGCUUCACCGUCGAGACCGGCGCGGGCCGCAGCAUCGACAACACCUUUUCUGUUUGGCGCCGGAGCCCGCGCCAUGUACGGCGUCGCCGCGACGCCCCGCUGAGCGGCCGCCCCUUCGAACCCGCGGCACCGCACGCGGCGUGCGCGGCCGCCGCGUCGCAGCCCAGCACAACACGACGUGACAACCACGAUGCGACAACCAUGACACGCACCCUGCCGAUGCGACGCUUGUUGAUUGCUACGCUUGCCGCCUGCUCCGUGUUCGGGGCUGGGGCGUCUUCGCACGGCCAGGCGCUGGGCGACCUGGUGGACGUCGCGGACGAGUUCCAGGCGCCGUACGCGACGCACUUUGUCGCGGAGGAUCUUGUCGCCUACGACGCCGACUCCGGGCAGGGGGCGAUCCGCUGGCGCCGUCACGAGCGGCGUCCGAGUCUGUCGUUCAACAAGAUCGACACCCCCUUGGCGAGGGCCGAGGCGACCGAGUUCCCGGGCUCCGAGUACGACCGCGACCCCGUGCUCCCGUUCGAGCUCACGCUGGUGAGCGACCGCACGAUUCGCCUGCGGCUCAACGCCCGCGACCUGCCGAUCGAGCCCCGCGACUCGCCCAUGCUGACGGCGCCGCCGCAGCCCGGCGGCGAGUGGAAGGCGGAGCGGACCGACGGCGGGGUCGUCUACAAGAGCCCGCACGCGGUGGUCAAGUUAUCCUUCAAGCCCUGGCGGGUGACGCUCUGCGACGCCUCCGGCAACGAGCUCACGUCGACCCGGCGGCUGGGCGAGCCGACGUCGUUCUCGGCGCCGCCCGGUUUCUCCUUCGCCCGCAGCGGCCGCGACAUGAGCCGCUCGUUCGCGGCGGCCACGACGCUCGCCCACGACGAGCGGAUCUUCGGCUGCGGCGAGUCGUUCACCCGCUUCGACAAGCGGGGCCAGCGGGUGAUCGCCAUGACCCGUGACGCCAUGGGCGCCCAGUCCCCGCGGAUGUACAAGCCGAUCCCGUUCUACCUGAGCAGCCGCGGCUACGGCGUAUUCGUGCACACCAGCACGCCGACCACGUUCGACUUCGGCCGCGACUUCGACGCCACCAACGUGGCGUACGUGGGCGACGAGCAGCUCGACCUGUUCCUGUUCGUCGGGGACCCGGCGCAGGUGGUCGAGGAGUACACGGCGCUCACCGGCCGCAGCCCGCAGCCGCCGCUCUGGUCGUUCGGCCUGUGGAUGAGCCGCAUCACGUACAAGAGCGAGGACGAGGUGCGCGACGUGACUCGGAAGCUGCGCGAACACCGCAUCCCGUGCGACGUGGUGCACCUCGACACCGGCUGGUUCGAGACCGACUGGCAGUGCGACUACCAGUUCUCUGCGAGCCGCUUCGACGACCCCCGCCAGAUGAUCGCCGACCUUCGCGACGACGGUUUCCGCGUCUGCCUGUGGCAGCUGCCGUACUUCACUUCCAAGAACCGCCUGUACGACGAGGCCCGCCGGGCGGGGCUGUUCGUCAAGAACCGCGGCGGCCGCGUGCCCGCCGAGGACGGCGUGCUCGACUUCACCAACCCGGACGCGGUGGCGUGGUACACGGAGAAGCUGCGGGGGCUGCUCGAGCUCGGCGUCGGGGCGAUCAAGGUCGACUUCGGCGAGGAUGCGCCGCUCGACGGGCUAUACGCAUCGGGCCGCACCGGCUGGCACGAGCGGAACCUCUACCCGCUGCGCUACAACCGCGUCGUGUCGGAUUUGACCGCCGAGGCGAACGGCGAACGCAUCAUCUGGGCCCGCAGCGCGUGGGCCGGCAGCCAGCGGUACCCGCUGCACUGGGGCGGCGACGCCGAGAACACCUACUCGGCGAUGGCGGCCUCGCUCCGGGCGGGGCUGUCGCUGGGGCUCUGCGGGUUCACCUACUGGAGCCACGACGCCGGCGGAUUCGUCGAGCGGGCGCCGCGCGAGCUCUACGCGCGGUGGCUGGCGAUGGCGGCGCUCGGUUCGCACACGCGGUGCCACGGGGCGCCGCCCCGCGAGCCGUGGGAGUACGACCCGGAGUUUGUCGACCUGUUCCGCGAGACGAUCGAGAUGCGGUACCGCCUGAUCCCGUACCUGGUCGCCCAGUCCAAGGCGGCGGGGGAGGCGGGCGCGCCGCUGAUCCGGCCGCUGUUGUUCGCCUACCCCGACGACCCUACAAGCUGGAGCAUCGACGACCAGUACAUGCUGGGCGAAGACCUGCUGGUGGCCCCGCUCUUUGACGACGGGCGGCGCCGCUCCGUGUACCUCCCGCCGGGCCAGUGGGUCGAUUACCAAACCGGCAAGCCUUACGAUGGGUCCGCGUGGCGGACCAUCACCGCGGGACGCGUCCCCAUCGUGGUGCUCGUUCGGCGGGGGGCCAAGCUCCCGCUGGCGCCGGUGGCCCAGCACACCGGCGAGAUCGACUGGGACGCCGUCGAGACCACCGUCUUUGAGCCUGGCGUGGGGGCCGAGGCCCGCGAACAAGACUUCAACCGGGGCUGGAAGUUCCACCGGGGCGACCCGGCCGACGCCCAGCAGGUCGUCUUCGACGAUGUCGCGUGGCAGGACGUCCGCACCCCGCACGACUGGGCGAUCGCCGGCCCGUUCGACCCCAACGGGGACGGCGGCACCGGCAAGCUGCCGUGGCGUGGGGUGGGCUGGUACCGCAAGUGGCUGAUGCUCGACCGGCGCGAGGAGGGCUCGCAGGUCUACCUCGACUUCGACGGCGUGAUGGCGUCGCCGCGGGUGUACGUCAACGGGGAGCUGGUAGGCGAGUGGGACUACGGCUACACCCCGUUCCGCGUCGACAUCACCCGCCACGUCCGGUUCGGCCGCGCCAACGUGGUGGCGGUCCGCGUCGACACCACCAGGCUGUACUCCCGCUGGUACCCGGGCGCGGGGAUCUACCGCCAGGUGGCGCUGGUGGUCAGCCCCCCGUUGCACCUCAGCCACCACGGCACGCAGAUCACCACCCCGACAAUCUCCGACGAUGAGGCGGUCGUCGUGGUGGCCAGCGAGCUGGAGAACCAUCAGGCGAAGAACCGCGACGCCGAGGUGGUGGUGCGUCUGGUCGGGCCCGACGGCGCUGUGGCGUCUGAAUUGGCCGAGUCGGUCGAGGUGGUCGCGCACGACAAGGCGGUCGUCGAGCACCGGUUCCGCCUCGCCGACCCGCGCCGCUGGGACGUCGACGACCCGGCCCUGUACACCGCCCAGACCGAGCUCCGCGUCGCGGGCCACACGGUCGAGCGGCGGGAGACCCGGUUCGGCGUCCGGGAGUUUGCGUUUACUCCCGAUGACGGCUUCUGGCUGAACGGCCGCCGCGUUCCGAUCCGGGGCGUGAACCUGCACCACGACCUGGGUCCGCUCGGCGCCGCGUUCAACCGCCGCGCCGCCGAGCGCCAGCUCGACAUCAUGCGGGAGAUGGGCGUCAACGCGCUCCGCACCGCCCACAACCCGCCGGCGCAGGAGGUGCUCGACCUGUGCGACGAGCGGGGGAUCGUGGUCUGGGACGAACUGUUCGACAAGUGGGACGGCACCGCCGGGCGUGUCGACGGCGAGCCCGGGUUUGAUGGCUUCAUGCAGCGUCACGCCGCCAGCCUGGUCCGCCGCGACCGCAACCAUCCGUCGGUGGUCGUCUGGUCGGUGGGCAACGAGAUCGGCAAUCAGCCGUACGACGCCGAGGGAAAAUCCCGCGAGCGGCUGCGGACCGCCCGCGACGCGUUCCGCGUGCACGACACGUCGCGGCCCGUGGCGCUCGGCUGCUUCAUCCCCCAGACCGCCGACUCGGACAUCCUCGCCGACCUCGACCUGACCGGCUGGAACUACCAGCGGCGCUACGCCCGGUUCCGCGACCGGUUCCCGCAGACGCCCAUCCUGUACAGCGAGACCGCCUCGGCGCUGAGCACCCGCGGGUGGUACGAGCUCCCGCUGCCCAACUCCAAGUGCGACUACCCGAGCGUCCCGCAGGUGAACGCCUACGAGUUCUCGUCGGCCCCGUGGUCCGACCUGGCGGAGGUGGAGUUCGAGCGGCUCCGCAAGGACAGCUACCUGGCGGGCGAGUUCGUGUGGACCGGCUUCGACUACCUCGGCGAGCCGACCCCGUUCCCGUCCCAAGCCCGCAGCUCCUACUUCGGCAUCGUCGACCUGGUCGGCCUGCCGAAGGACCGCUACUACCUCUACCGGAGUCACUGGCGGCCGGAUGUCUCCACGGUGCACCUCGCGCCGCACUGGAACUGGUCGGGGCUGGAGGGCGUCGGCGUGCCGGUGACACUUUAUACCAACGGCGACUCGGCGGAGCUGUUCCUCAACGGCCGCUCGCUAGGCGUCCGCAACAAGGGCGAACGGCCCGCGGCGCUCGAGGACCUGGCCGCGUCGGCCUCGGCCACCGCCAGCACCCACGCCGACGGCAGGUCGGCCGCCAAUGCGCUCGCGGCGGGGAAGGGCAGGGGGUGGCGACCCGAGCCGGACGACCCGUCGCCCCUGUUCGAGGUGGACCUGCGGGAGCCGCGCCCGCUGCGCACGAUCGUGCUCGAGUUUCCCAAGGAGUCGAAGCUGUACGGCCUGCGGGUCGAGGCCAGCGACGACGGCGAGGCGUGGGAGACCCUCUUCGCCAAGCGGGCGUCGCUCGAGCCGCGUUGGGGAGGGGUGAACGAGCUGAUCGUCCGCACCGACGCCACGGCUCAACGCUUGCGUGUGGUGUUCGGGCCGUGCCUGGAAGGCGCCAGCCCGGCGCUCGACCGGUUCGCGGCCUACGCGGAUGACUUCGAGUCCGAGUACUACCUGCCGACCUACGACUACCGGCUGCGCUGGAAUGAGGUGCCCUACGAGCCGGGCGAGCUGCGCGCCGUUGCGUACAAGGACGGUCAAGAAAUCGGUUCGACCUCGGUCCGCACCGCCGGCCCGCCCGCGAGGCUCGCGCUCACGCCGGACCGGGCGGAGAUCGUGUCCGACGGCGAGGACGUGUCGUUCAUCACGGUGUCCGCCGUCGACGCGGACGGGAACGUCUGCCCCCUGGCCGACAACGCCCUUGCGUUGAGCCUGGUGGGCCCCGGUAAGAUCGCCGGCGCCGACGCCGGCGACCCGUUGUCGGUCGACCCGCUGCAGGACAACCGGGUGACCCUGUUCCAUGGCCAGGCGGUGAUCGUCGUGCGGGCGGACGAGGGGCUGGGGGGCAACCUGUCGCUGCGGGUCAGCACGCCCGGCCUGCCGGAGGCGUCGGUCUUGUUGUCCGCGGGACGCCCCGCGGAGUAG